GAUCACCUUAAACGUUUUAUUGUUUUACUUUAAAGGUUUUGCGGAUGACAAUGGAAUUGAGGCUAGAAACGACAGGGAGAGAAGUGAUCAAGCCUUCUUCACCUGCACCUAUUGAUCACCUUCAGCUAUCCGUGUUCGAUCUCAGCUUUCCUGUUGUUUACGUGCCAGUGACAUUCUUCUAUGAAUCCCCCACGGGAGAGUCGCCAGAGAUCAUAUCCAACAGGCUGAAAACCUCUUUGUCCGAGACUCUGUCUCGUUUCUAUCCUCUAGCUGGACGAAUAGAAGGCAUUUCCAUCAACUGCAACGACGAAGGAGUACUGUUUACGGAGGCGCGCACUGAUGUCAUCCUCUCAGAUUUCCUCAGAAACUUCAAUACCGACUCUUUCGAAGACUUCUUCCCCAAAAUCGAGGAGGGAGAAUCUGCAGGGACGUGGCCGUUGAUGAGAGUCAAGGUCAGCUUCUUUGGUUCAGGAUCAGGAUUUGCGGUCAAUAUUGGCAUCUCUCACAUGAUCUGUGAUGCAGCCUCAUUGCUGAACUUCGUCCAAGGCUGGGCCGCUACGGCAAAUGAUGUGGCCGUGACUACUCCUCCAUUUGCAGGAGUUACCAUUUACCCUCCUCCCCAUACCUAUUCUUCUAAAGAUGACGUUUCCGUGGGUGGAGACAAGUAUGUAACCAACAGAUUCGUCUUCGAAUCCUCUAAGAUUGCUGAGCUAAAACGCAAGGCCGUUAGCAAAAGCGUCCCGGUACCUACACGUGUGGAAGCCAUCACAUCGCUUAUAUGGAGAUGUGCAAGAAAUGCUUCACACUCUAACUCGGCCGCUCCAAAGUCAACGCUAAUGAUUCAAGCCAUGGACUUGCGGAUGAGGAUCCCUUCUGAUGUUUUGUCACAGGACGCCAUGGGAAACCUUCAAUCCAUAUUUUUUCUGAAGAAAGAGGCUGAUAGCGCAAUGGAAAUUGGCGAACUCGUUGCAGAUUUUAGAAAGGCCAAACAAGGUUUCAAUGAGAUGAUCGAAGAUAAUCUCCAAGGCUACAAUUCUGCUACCAGUACUAUUACCACAAACACACUUGGUUACUACUUGUUGGAUGUGAUGGGAGCUUUCACGUCAGAGUCAAAAAUGGACGUAGACUUAUACCCAAUGUCUAGCUGGUGCAAAAAGCCCUUCUACGAGGUUGAUCUCGGAUGGGGAGUUCCGGUAUGGAUGGGACCUGUUAUGUAUACCAACCCCAUCAAAAAAUCAGGUGUGCUCAUGAUGGAUUCAAAGGACGGUAAAGAUGUAGAAGCGUGGAUCACCUUAUCCGAGCAAGACACGCAGGUGUUUGUCCGUGAUCAAGACUUGCUUACUUAUGCUGUCCUAAAUCCUCCAGUCCUGAUCUAAUCCAGCCGUCAAUAUUCAAGAUUGCAGUUUUGUUUCAAUUUUUUGUUUGACUUUCGCAUUUCGCUUUCAUUUGAAUAAAAAGAGAUCUUUUUGAACAAUUUUCAUCUAAAUAUAAAGUUACGUACGCUGUAUAAGUUGUAUUUGUCCUUUAGAUACACCUCCUACACAUAAAUAAAGUU